AUGAUAAAUGCAUAUGGGAUAUUGUGCCUUGGCCUUGGGACUUUAUCUGGAAGUUGUGCUUGCCCCCAAACCUCUAUUUGGCAGAGUUGGAAAUUGAUAUGUAACUCUAUCUUUAACCCUGGCUAUGAGCCUCCUCCAAACCCCCAUCACACUAUUCGGAAAUUUUCUAGUGAAUGGCUUGAUGCCAAUAAUGUGAUUAAUGCUAAGCCUACUAGAGAGGUCAUCCAAGUCCAUUGCAGUCUUCCUACCCUUGGCAACUUCAAAUUGAAUGUGGAUGGCAGCUGUAAAACAGAUUCUUGGAAGAUUUGUGCUGGUGGUUUCUCUGAUUGCCAAGGCUUGGAGCAAAACAGAGCAGCUGAUCACCUUGCUAACUUGGGGUAUGAGUUACCCUUGGGGCUUCAUAUCUACGAUUCUUCUCCUAAGAAGAGCCCAAGUAGGGCUGUGCCUUGUUAA